AUGGAUCAAACAAAGUAUCAGCAUCAGAAUAUCAACGACGACGACGACGAACUGGAUAGUAGAUUGGUCAGUGGUGCUAUACUGGAACCAGACACUGCUGUUGCAUCAGGUGGAUAUGAAGAUGACAAUGAAUCAUCACCUGACUCUGCCAACACAACAACCACCGCCACAACCCCCAUCGACUUGGAGGCAGCCACAUCCACACUGGAAGAUGGAGCCAACGAUGACGAUGACGAUGAUUUCGACGACUUCCGACUGCCCUCAAACCCCUUACUUCGCACAUUCUUCCGAGUAAGGAAUAGCAAGGUGUCAGUUCUGGUAUCCAUCUCGGUGGCAUUGUUCUGUGACAUGGUCUGCUAUGGCCUCGUCCUGCCCAUCCUGCCAGGUGUGAUGGAGGAGAAAUAUCAUCAAAGUGAGUCGGUGACAGGUGUGCUCUUUGCCAUGUUCUCAGCCGGCUCCAUUAUAUCUACACCUGUGUUUGGAUCACUCUCUGACAAGAUUGGACGCAAGACACCAUUCCUCAUUGGCCUCAUCUCACUGAUAGCUUCAACACUGAUGUUUGCAUAUGGCGAGUCGUUGUGGAUACUGUUUGUCGCAAGGUUUGCUCAAGGUGUCAGCUCUGCUGUGUCCUGGGUCGUCGGUCUUGCGCUCAUUGCCGACAUCUACCCUCCAGAGAGACUAGGUACAGUCAUUGGAUCAGUGGUCGGUGGCAAUGCCAUCGGUGCCCCUGUUGGCCCACUCAUUGGAGGCAUACUUUAUGAACACUUUGGCUAUCGUGUGCCCUUCCUAGUAGCAUGUGGCAUCACUGCAUUCGACCUAUUCAUCCGACUGGUGUUCGUAUCCGACGACGCCAUCAAGCGACACAAACAAAGAAAGGAGGCACAUGUUGAAAAGAGUCUCAAGGCACAGGACAAGGAUGGUGCCAAGGCUGCGGCCAAGGAGGCCGCUCGAGGACAAUCAUUCUUCAAAAUGGCGUUCAACUUCAAGGUCAUAGUCCUGUGUCUGACCAUCAUCAUACAAUAUGCAUGCUUUGCCGCGCUCGAACCAACCAUCCCGCUAUACCUCAAGCGCACAUACAACUCAUCAUCCACGGUGAUCAGUCUAAUGUUUGCCACAAUGACCUUGCCAGCAGUAUUUAUAGCGCCACUCUCUGGCAAGCUGGCAGACAAGGUACUUGGACACUUCCGCACUGUACUUCUCGGCAUGGUCACAGUCAUAUUCGUAUACCCAUUCAUCACAUUUGCUAGCCACCUUUGGGAGACCUUUGUAAUUGUGUUCAUAUUGUCAGCGGGUCUGAUUAUGACCAACACACCUCUGAUGGCUGUGUUGACUUUGACCAUCGAUCCACAUCAGUAUAAUGAACACAAUGGAAAGAUUGCAUCAUUGUUCAAUUGUUGCUUCUGCAUUGGAUUCUUUGUUGGACCCAUCUUGGGCUCGGCCAUCAUGGAUCAUGUUUCAUUCCGUUGGUCAAACAUUGUCUUUACAAUAUUAUUGGCAAUACUAUCAUUGUUAUUCUUUAUAACAUUCAUCAAGAUUAUAUUAACAAGCAAGUUUGGUCCACCUCAAACAUCAUCAUCGUCUGAACCACCAUCAAACACUACAUCUGAUCAUAAAUCUGGAGAUCAAGAUAUAUUAUUGGAUAAUAUUGUUGAACAUGAAUGA